AUGAUGAGGCAAGCCACAGCGGCGGCGGAGGCUUCUGGGAGUCGCAGUUUAAGGAGUCCUGAGGAGGCGGUGACGAGGCCCUUCUCGCGCCUCCCACUUUCCCGCCUUUUUCCCCCUCGCUUUCGGCCUCCGCAUUUUUCCCGGUUUCUUCCAAACCCGCCUACGUGCGACUGCAGUUGCCGCUGGGCGCAGGCGCCGGAGAGAAGACUCCCUCCCCCCUCCUCCUCCAAGAUACAUAACAUGGUUGCAGUCCUGGAAGUGAUCUCCAGCCUGGAGAAAUACCCCAUCACCAAAGAGGCCCUCGAGGAAACCCGACUGGGAAAACUGAUCAACGAUGUGAGGAAGAAGACCAAGAACGAGGAGCUGGCCAAGCGGGCCAAGAAGCUGCUGCGGAAUUGGCAGAAGCUGAUCGAGCCAGUCACGCCAAGCGAGGCUGCUUUGCGGGGCCUCCCGAAUGCCCCCGGGUCUGCCAACGGAGGGGCCCACAACUGCCGAGUGGAGACGCCCCCCGGGGUUGUGGUGGGGCCCAAGCCCAUUCCAGAGGCCAAGAACCGGAAUGAUAUCCAGAAGCUACACUCUCCGAAAGCGGGGAAUCGUAAGCGGAAAGGUGAGGCCCGGGACGGCCUCCCGGGGCCACCUCUACCACUCCCCAAAGUUUCCAAAGUGAGCUAUGAAGUAUUACAGAACUCUCCCUCGCCCCCCACAAAUGGCAUCGGGGGGAGCCCCGAGAGCUUCCCCAGCCCUCCGGAGGCGCCUGAAGUCGGCAGAGCUGAGCCCAGUGAGAACGAGAAGCCGAGCAAGAUCCCCAUCAACGCAGUCCGGCCUCACACCAGCGCCCCGGGACUGUUCAAGUCGUCGGCCCCCUCCUCGUUGCUGAAGACCGCCGUGCUGCAGCAGCAGGAGAAGGCGGAGGAGGUGGCAUCUGCGGCCGCCGGGCAGGCUAGGAGCCCCCGUUGCUCCUCGUUCAGCCCUCGGCACUUGAGGCUGGAAACCUUCGUUCGGCAGCACACCACGUAUUCCCCCAAGGGUGGGACCCCUGCUCGCUCUCCCAGGCCCCCUCUUCUGGAUGCCUUGGCCGCGGGGCCCUUGUCGUCACCACCACGCCCUUCUUCUCCGCUGCAGGUGUUGCCGCCGCCACCCCCCACAAAGAGGUUGGAGGGUUCUCCACCCCUGGUCCCGGACCCCUCCCUGCGUGGCUCGGAACCACAGGCCGCCCCCGAGAGCCAGCUCUGCCUGUGCGUGGAUGCCUCUCCCGGCAGUGGGGAGGUAUCUCCCCCUGGGGAGUCUUCCGCCCCCUUGGCUGGCUUCUCCCCGGAGGCCUCCCGGAUGGACAGUGACAGCGCGGCCUCCGGUUCCGACAGCAAGAAGAAGAAAAAGUACCGCCCAAAGGACUACGUGGUCAACCUGGAUGGGCAGGGCCUCGAAGGGGGCGUCAAGCCCGUGCGGUUAAAAAAGGAGCGCCGGCUGACCUUCGACCCCAUGACGGGUGAGAUCAAGCCCUUGGCGCAAAGAGAUUCUUUGCCGGCAGACCUCCCCGCUCUGGCUGAGCCCCCCAGGACAGGCACGGGCAAGCCGGCUCCCAAGCCCCCUCUGCACAGCCCCUUUGAGCAGACGAAUUGGAAAGAGCUGUCUCGGAACGAGAUCAUUCAGUCCUACCUGAACAGGCAGAGCAGCUUGCUCUCGUCGUCAGGGGUGCAGACUCCGGGGGCUCAUUAUUUCAUGUCCGAAUACUUAAAGCAAGAGGAAAGCACUAGGAGAGAAGCCCGGAAGACCCACGUCCUGGCUCCCCACAGUAAACCCUCAGACUUGCCAGGGGUGACCCGGGAGGUGACAGAGGGGGACCUCGAUCGCAUCACCAACCACCCCUGGCCGGGGGUGAAUGGUUGCUACGACACACAGGGUAACUGGUAUGAUUGGACGCAGGGCAUCUCGCUCGACCCCCACGGGGACGAUGGGCGCCUGAACAUUCUGCCUUACGUCUGCCUUGACUGAGUACAGUUUUGCUAGGAUGCUUUUUACAUGGGCAGGUUAGUGAAACCAGGCAGGCGCUGGGCCCCCCUUCCUCCCCCUGCUGUUCUCCCAUCAGGCUGAGAAAGGCUCACCCAGGAAAGCGUGUAUGCGUAAGAGAGCCAUCUGGACACUGGCAGUUUCUUCUUGUUAAAAAAUGUGGUUUCCCCCUCCCUUUUUUUUUUAUUGGUAUGUGAAGUGCUGCUACCAGUUGACUUAACCCCUACGGGAAGUUUUGAUUUAAAAGAGGGGAGGGGGGGAGAAAAAAAAAUAAAGAGUUUUAAACUCUUAGCAAGCCCGCUGUUCAGAACAGAAAACCACAACAGGUGUGAGCUUUCUGGAGGGUGGAAUCUUUUCUGGAGUUUCGUGGAGGCUGGAACGAGGGAGAGCAAGGGCCAGGACAAGUGGCGGGGCGGGGGUGGGGGAGAAUGGUGGAAGUGGAACCUUCAUGCAGAGUUCGUGGAAUCGUAUUUAUUUGUCUUGAUUUGCUUUUCUUUCAAAAACCAACCCACUGACAAACAAAAAAAAAACCACGGCAGUGAGGUGUUUUCAAGAUGAACUGCGCAAAACUGUAGGGAUAGUUCUUGGCAUUGCAUCUCUCUUCAAAAGCUCCCCCACCCCCUGCAAAAAAAAA